AUGGCCAGGGGCGUGGCGCUGUCGGGGGAAGCCCUGGCCGCGAGCCAGAAGCGGUACAAGCCGCCGCCGCCCAACCCGCCCGGCCGCCGAGAGGGUAGCAGCCGACACGCCGCGGGGUUGCAUGACGGCGCGAGGGGUGCUGCUGGAUGGGAUCAUCGCCGUCCGGACGGUGACGGGGGUGGUAGCGUAGAGAGACCGCCCCAUCAGCGGCAGCGGGAAGAGUCGGGGAGCGAGGACGUUCGUGAUAGCGGCAGUUUUUGCAAGGGAGGGGGGGGUUGCAGCAAGACCACUGACGUGGCCAACGUUACGGCGGCACUGAAGCUGGCGCUCGCGGCCGAGCAAGGCGGCGACACGAGCAGCAGCAGCGGCGGCGGCAGCAGGCACGGCGCCGGCGCCGGCGCCGGCGUCUCAGCAGCCGAAGGACGGCCGGCGGAUGGCGGCGGGACGGCAUCGGCUGACGUCUUGCCGGCGCCGACCGGUGAUCCACCACCGCUACAAGAAAUGCGAGUGCACGCGGUAGCGGCGACGAAGAAGGCAGUGGGCGGUGGAGCGGAAGGCUUGCCGGCGGCGGUGCCGCGUCGCGGCGGCGGCAGCGGCGGCGGCGGCAGCGCAAGGAUAAGAAGGUUCUUUGGCGGCGGCGAGGAGCCCGCCGUCGAAUCGGCGACGGCCGCCGCGCCUCGACCAGACUGCCCUGCGAAGGAGACGACGGCUACCAACGGGCUACAGUCGGCGGCAGAGGAGCGGAGCGCCGAGGCUAUGGCGGCGGCAGCUGGGGAGCAGGGGGCGAGCAAGCCGAGGGCGGGGAGCGGUAGAGUUAGGAAGGGGAAGCAGAGGGGGGGGCGGGCGGCAGGCACCGGCGCGCGGAAGAAGCGGGCGUGGGCGCUGUGGGACUUGGCCAAGCCGCCGACCGUCGGCGAUCGCUUCGAUUGCCUGGAUUACUUCGUCAGCAGCCAGACCGGUCUGAGCGCUGAGAAAUGGAGAGGGGCCGAGGUGAUGGACGUUCGGCACGCCAACAAGGGGACGCAAGUCUUGGUAAGCGCCGAGUGGGUACCAGAGUUGCUGGCGUCGGAGAGAGCGCACCAGGAUAGCCUAGGUAGCGCAGGCGAGAGCUCCAGCGCGGCCAGCACGGCGACCAUGACCAACAGCUCAGCCUCGAGCAUUGGUACCCUCGGCGGCGGCGGCGGCGGCGGCGGCCGAGGUGGUGGCGGGAUCACCGGUGGUUUGGGGUCCGCGAGCGCCAAGGGAGAUGAAGACGCGAUUGCUGGGCUCAGCGACCCCGCCCUGUCCAAGUCUCGAGUGCACAGCGGCGGCGGUGGCAGCAGGGACGGGUCGAGAAGAGGGGGCACCGGUGGUACCCCGAAAAGGACGGCGGCGGCGGCGGCAGCGCCAGCGGGGGGGGUUCGCGCGAGGGGACCGUCGCCGGUUGCGGCUAGGGGCGGCGACAGCGGCGGGCGGGGCAGCCCGACCGGCGGCAGCGGGGAGGACAGCGAGGAAGCAGCGGCGGACCGGGCGUUCCGGGAGGCGAUGCGGCGGACGGGACUGUCGGUCGUGGACGUGGAGCCCGACGGGAACUGCCUGUUCCGGUCGGUGAGCCACCAGAUCUACGGAGACGCGGACCGGCACUACCCGGUGCGGAAGGCCUGCGUGGAGCACAUGUACCGGCACCGGGCGCGGUUCGGCGUGUUCGUGGCGGAGGACUUCCGGGACUACCUGUUCAGGAUCAGGCAGCCCGGGGUUUGGGGGGACGACCUUGAGAUCCGGGCGCUGGAGGAGAUGUUCGACCGCCCGAUCGAGAUAUACUCGUCCGAGAGCGAAGGCCUCCAGCCGAUGAAGAUCGACUUUGACGCCUCGGGGAUUUUUGCAAUGAGUGAUUGAUGGCGUUGGCACCAAGAGGUAGAGGAGGGGAGGAUGAAACUUCGUCGGUAUCACCGACGAGAGUUACUGACACCACCAACAUUGAUGAUCAUUGAGCGUUCUUGUAAAUAGUGCCGCAUGCCGUUCUUUCGGGGCGUCUUGAGGGGCACCGCUGGUGCAAGCCCUCGUAUCGGGGGGGGGGGUGUACUCAUAGUCGUGCAUGCCGUAGUCGUUUGACCAUUGACCUCGCAUCCCUACAAAGCCGGGACGGAGCACGCCGGGUUCUC